AAAUGGCUGCAUUUUAUUAGGAUGAUUUCUGUUAUUGUUUCAUAUCAGUUUCAACUUGCCCACCUCUUUUGCUUUAAAUGCAUUUGACUCUAUCCCACUUCCCUCCUAAAAAUUGCUAAAAUAAAUAUAUUUCUUGUUUGCCCAUUUCCCCUACUUGAAUAUGUUUAUUUAAAGCUACUUCUUUUCUCUUUCCCUUGUAUGCAAAUUCUCCAAUUCUAUCUUUCAAAUUGUAGGUUUCAAGGAUAGCUAAACCGAGGCCAUGGAUGGUGUGGAGAGAGGUAUUAAAGAAAGAGGAGGAGAGAGGACUACUAGUACUACUACUUUCUUGUUUUUAAGAGCUGUGGCCUUAGUGCUUACUCUUGCCGCUGCCAUAGUUCUUGGGGUUAAUAAGCAAAGUGAAGUUGUCCCAAUCAAACUUGUUGAUUCUCUGCCACCAUUGAACAUUCCUGUUACUGCUAAGUGGCAUCACUUGUCUGCCUUCGUGUUCUUUGUGGUGUCAAAUGCCAUAGCAUGCUCAUAUGCAGCAAUCUCUCUACUACUCUGUUUCUGUGGAAAGAAAAGCAUGGGGGCUAUAAUCAUAACUCUUGACCUAUUAAUGGUGGCCUUACUAUUUUCAAGCAUCGGAGCAACCACAGCUAUUGGAUUAAUGGGUUAUAAAGGGAAUUCACAUGUGAGAUGGAACAAAGUAUGCAAUGUUUUUGGCAGAUUUUGCAACCAAGGGGUAGCUGCUAUUGUCCUCUCUCUUAUUGCCGCCAUUGCUUUUCUCUUGCUAGUUAUGCUUCGAGCUUUGAGCCUUCAUAAGAAAUCUAAAUGAACUGCUUUUAAGUCAACUCUUUUGUCUUGGCUGUGUAAUAUCUGAAGCUUUUAGAGUCUGUUACCUUGUUUCGUUUCCUCGUCUUAUGCAAAAGAUUUGAGAUAAAAUGGUGAAAUUUUGCAGUUGUGUUUCAGAUGAACAUAAUUGUCUGCUUAUAAUCCAUGAAUAACACGUUAAAGCUCUAA